CUGGAACGCGAGCAAGACAACCAACCAGCAAAGCAAAGCAAACAGCCAACACCCUUGUCGAUCGAUCGAGAUGGCCACCGUCACCCCACGGGAAGACUUUGACGCAGAAGCCCUUGCUGCGGAUCUGCGCAAGGCGAUGAAGGGCUUUGGCACGGAUGAGGACACCAUCAUUGAGAUCUUGACCAGCGUCGACAAUGCACAGCGUCAAGAGCUCCGUGCGGCCUUCAAAACCAUGUAUGGUCGCGAUCUCGUCAAGGAUCUCAAGUCUGAGCUUGGAGGCAAGUUGGAGGAUGCUGUGCGUGCAAUGUUGCGCCCGCCGGCGGAGCUUGAUGCCUGGGAGCUUCGCCAGGCCAUGAAGGGCGCUGGCACGGACGAGGAGACGAUUGCCGAGAUCCUCGCCUCCCGCACCAACGAAGAGAUUGCCGCCAUCCGUGAGGCGUACAAGGAGAAGUUUGAUGGCGACGAUCUCGAAGAGGACAUCAUGUCCGAGACCGGCGGCCACCUCCGACGCAUCUUCGUCUCCCUCGUCCAGGGCAACCGCGACGAGUCGGAAGAAGUGGACGAGGACAAGGCCCAGGCCGAUGUGCGUUUGUGUCUUGCUUGCUGCCAUGUCUUUGCUUCGCCGGUGUGCGAGGCGUACCGGGGCAUCAGCGACUACGACCUGUCCAAGGCCGUGAAGAAGGAGAUGAGCGGCGACCUGGAGUUUGCCUUCCUCGCUGUUCUCGAGUGCGCACGCAACCCGCCAAAGUUCUUUGCAAAGCGCCUCCACCGCGCCAUCAAGGGCGCUGGCACGGACGACGACGCCCUGAUCCGCAUCAUCGUCUCCCGUUCGGAGAAGGAUCUCGCCGACAUUGCCGAGGCGUACAUUGACGAGUACGAGAAGAGCCUUGUUGCAGCCGUCAAGGACGACUGCUCUGGCGACUACGAGAAGCUUCUUGUUGCCCUCCUCAAGUGAGCGAUGGGCCAGUGGUUGCUCAUGGCUGACACGACGUUGUGAUGUGGCACGACGUUUGUGCCAUGGCGGCGGGUUGGCGCGCGUGUUCAGCGCACACUUGGGUUGUGCUUGGGUUGCCUGCGAUGCGUGUUACAUUACGAACCGCUCCAUGACGAUAUGACGAUGCGCGGCUGUGCGUUUGUUUGUUUGUUCUUCCAGCAUGUGUGUGAUGACAUGAUUGUGACACAACAUCUCACAUCAUCGUGUGAGCGUGGGUGUUGGUUGGUUGUUGUGGAGUUGUUUGCGGUUGUGCGACACC